AUGAAGAAAUUUCUUGGUCGUCGCAUUGGACAUUUCAAGUACGUGUACAAUGCGUUGGGUCAUGCCUCUCUGAACUUAUUGGCUGGGCCACAAAUGUUCCGCAACAUUCCUUACAGUGACGGCAUGCGGCUUACUCUCAAUACUUCUCAGCAAGAUUUGCCCUUGCCUGGCUGCACGCGGCCCGUUCUGUGCGACACUACCAAUGCUGAGCCUCGUCCAGUAAUUCCCGCUACCUUGCGGAAGGCUGCUUUUGACUCCCUCCAUGGCCUCGCACACCCUGGAGUCCGCGCCUCCACGGCGUUGAUUCUUCAACAGUUUGUUUGGCCAGGAGCGCGCAAGGACAUCCGCCGUUGGGUGCGCACUUGCAUUCCUUACCAGCUCAGCAAAUGCCAUAGGCACACCGUGUCUCCUCUCGCCACCUUUCUGCCUCCCAGCGCCAGGUUCAGCACGGUCCAUCUUGACAUUGUCGGGCCUCUACCCUCAUCACAGGGCCACCGUUACCUAUUGACCUGCGUCGGAAGCCGGGCCGGAAGGGCCGGAAGCCUCUCCCAUGAAGGACUCGACUGCCGAGACCGUUGCGCACUCGUUCCUGUCCGCCUGGAUUUCGCGGUUCGGCGUCCAGAGGAAGUCGUCACGGACAGGGGACCGCAGUUUGAGAGCCACCUCUUCGCAGCUUUCCUAUGCCUACUCGGGACCGAGCGCAUUCGCAGUUCCGCCUACCACCCGGCAUGCAACGGCCUGGUGGAACGUUUCCAUCGUCACCUCAAACAAGCCAUUAUGGCCCACGGUGACCGUGCAAGCUGGUCGGAUCACCUCCCGUCUAUCCUAUUAGGCAUCCGCGCGGCAGUUAAAGUCGAUCUUGGCUGUCGGUCUGGUAUAUGGAACCCCGCUCCGCCUGCCCGCCGACGUCUUUGUACCUUCAUCCGUCCCCUGCACGGAUCAGCCUGCUUACCUCGCCCGCCUCAGACGAGCUUUUUUGCUACGCUUCAGUUCACCCCGACCCGAGCGGUAGCAUCAUCACCUCCCUUCGUCCCGUCGGAAUUGGGUACAACGUCCCACGUUUUCCUCCGGACGGAUCGUCUUCGUCGCGCACUCGAGCCUCCGUAUUCUGGGCCUUACAAGGUUCUGCGCCGUUCCCCCAAGACUUUUGUCAUCGAUGUCCACGGCCAACAUCAAUUCGUCUCCAUCGACAGGCUAAAGCCUGCAUUCAUUGACCACGCUCCUCCCGUUUCCUCCCUCUCCGGACAAGCCUUUCCAGCGCCUCAUUCGCUCGUACAGGUGAAGCACGUCACCUGGAGUGACUACGUACCCCAUGCGCCCUCUCAUCCGAAGACAUGA